AUGCCCGGCGGACGCGCGGGAUCGACUUCACCGGUCGAUCCCAACGACCCGCUUCCGUGGCUCAGACUGUUCCCUCCUGCCGUCAACUUCCACGGCAUCGAGGCCAACACCGUCUACACCGCCGAGGUGACGGUGCGCAACGCGGACAGUCGCAUCCACACCGUGAAGAUGAUCAAGCCCACGACGAAGAAGUUCUUCCUCGUCGCGGACGCGUUCAAGAGCGUCAAGCUCGCGCCGGGAAUGACCGCGAAGUUCGAGGUGGCGUUCGCGGCGGACUCGCAAAACGAUUUCUGGGACAAGAUCGUCAUCCAGACGGAGGUUGGCGACGCGGAGCUGCCCUUAGCCGCGUACGCCCCCGCGCCCGAGUGCAGAGCCGAGGGCGACCUCGACAUGGGCGUCAUCGCGCAGGGGUGCUCGGUGACGCGCGAGCUCACGCUCACGAACCACGGAUCCUCGCCCGGCGCCUACCGCUGCGAUUACGACAGGACCCUCGGUCCCGCGCUGCGCGUGGAACCCGCGGUGGGGUCCGUCCCCCCCGCGUCCGGGUCGACGCCCGGCGUGGCCAAGGUGAGGGUCACGUGCGCGCCGGAUGCACCCGGCGCGUCCACCGAGCAGCUCGAGGUCUUCUUCGACGGCAAGGCGGCGCCGUUCCAUUUCUUCGUGGACCACACGUGCGUCCCGCACACGCUCGAGCUGCUCGUGGACGACGGGACGGGCGCGGGCGGCGCGGGGGGUGACCCGAAGCGGCUGACGGAGAUGCCCUUCGGCGCCGUGCUCUACGGCGACGCGGUGACCGCGACGUGCGUCCUGUUCAACAACGGGCCCAACCAGACCACGUUCGCGAUGGACGUGACGAACGAGGAGGAUCUACAGGGUACCGUCCACGCCAUGUACCGCGGGGAGCCCGGGCCGGGGGGAAGUUCGCGGUGUGGUGAGCUGGACGACGGUACCUUGAUCGUCGAGCCGAGGUCGGGGAUACUGAAGCCUUACGAGCGGCGGAGGAUAUCGGUCACCGUGGCGCCGAAGCUGGCGACGUCCACCAAGGGGUUUAAGUCGGUGUCGAGGAAGAUCGACGGAGACGCAAAGUCGCUCGCGUGCCUCGGGGUCAUCACCUUCUCCGGCGUGCCCAAGGCGAGGUGCCUCCUUCCGAUCACGGCAAAGGCGGUCACGGGCGCGUUGGACGUUCAGCCCGCGUCGCUGGACUUUGGGUCGGUCGCCUGCCAUGACGUGGGCGACCACAUCGUGAUGAUCAAGAACAUGAGCAAGGAGGCGCCCGUGGACUACGUCAUCGACCGGUCCACCUUCUUCAAGCCGCAGCCGGCGAGCGGUAAGAUUCUGCCGGGGCAGAGCGUCAGCGUCGUCGUCCGGUACGAGCCCAAAAACUUGGGCACUCACGUCGAGGAUCUCACCGUCAAGGCGAUGGCCACGAGCGGCAAGGUGAUGGCGAAGCGGACGGUGCGCGUCAAGGGGUUCUCCGAUUUCGUCACGGAGAAGCCGCCGCUCCCCGGCGGGACCAUGGCGGUGCCGGAGGAUUUCGAGAGGCCGCGUAAGUUUGUCAGCGCGGAGGAGGUGAGAAAGGCGACGAUUGCGAGGUCGCGAGCCGGGCGGAAGCACUUGAACCCGAUUCCCACGUCGCUUCAGCGAAACACGGGUCGGUACACGGACGACACGCUCGACAGGCGUUUCAGCGAGACGCUCACGCUGCAGCAGGCGACCGCGCGGGAGACUCACCGCACCGGCUACGUCGAUUACAUUCGGACCAACAGGCGGCGGAGCACAAAGGCGGCGAGGGUUAACCCCGCGGAUCCGACGUCGCUCGGGCUCGUGGACAGGAGCGGGCUGGUGGAUAACGGGCCGCCGCUGCCGGACCCGGUGGAGCCCCUGUGGUUGAACCCGGACGUGCCCGAGGGGAGGCUCAGGCCGCAACACAGGGCACAGCGCCUGGCGGAGGAUGACGAGCUGCUCAAGCUGGGCGUCGUCUCCAACUUUAAGCGAAUGCCGAGCACCGCCAAGGAGAUGAAGGAGUGCUCCAGGGUUCUCAUACCGAAGGAGCUGGCGAAGCUCAAGAUCGGACCGAGCAUGCUGGACUUUGGGGAGGUGUCGGUGCUCAGCGAUAACCUCAAGUUCUUCACCGUGACCAACGAAAACGAUCAGGCGGUGUUGGUCCACGUGGACACCGCGGGUCAACUGGAGCUGAAGAACUCGACGCCGACGUCGCAGGUUGUCCCGCCCGGUAAAACCGCGCACUUUGGCAUCGCGCUCUGCGUCGAUCGCGUGGACAGGAACUUCAAGACCACCGUGGGGUACUCCAUCAACAGCAACCGAACCACGAGCUACGCCUUCGACGUGCUCGCCGACGUCGUCCCCGUGCAGCUCGACCUGAACGCGUCGGCGCUCAAAUUUCGGUUCGCGCCGGAAAAUUGGGAGGAUACCGUGACGGAGACGCUGGUCGUCACGAACCCGAACAUGUACGCGGCCGAGUACCAGUGGCGCGUCCCGCCCGGGUGCGCGUACAGCGUGCAUCCGUCUCGGGGUGCCGUGCCGGGGAACGGCAUGCAGCCGGUGCGGGUCACGUGGUCCCCGUCGUGGACUGUGGGUUCGCCCCUGUCUGAGGAAAAUUUCGCGACGCUCGUCAUGGACGUCGUCGGCGGGAGCACGUCUCGUGCCGUGCGGUGCACCGCGGACGCGGGUGAGCCCAAGUUGCGGUUCAAGGAGACUGUCGUGGACUUUGAGACGAUCGCGGCGGGGCUCGUGGCGACGAGGUAUUGCACGCUUAAGAACGUGGGCAGGUUCGACGCGGUGUAUCGCCUCGACGAAAAUUUCAAGGCGAAGCAUCCGCAGUUUUCGUGCGACCCCGACUUUGGGUCCAUCAGACCGGGCGCGUCGCAGCGACUGACCGUGACGUUCGAGUCCCCGUACCCCGGCGCGCACAAGGUAAACAUGCAGAUGAACUUGCGCGGGGGCAAACCGGUCAAGAUCCCCGUGCUCACCAGCGUCAUCGUCCCGGUGGUGCACUGCAAGCAGCAGGCUUUGAAUUUCGGCGACACGUUCAGGAUGGAGAUCACCAAGCGGCCGGUGACGCUCGUGAACACCUCGGAUAUCGACGCGGAGCUGACUUGCGACCUCAGGCAGUACCCAGACUUCGACCUGGAGAUAUCACCCGAGGCGUGGUCGCCGGAGUAUUACGAAGAUGUCCCGGUGUACGCGUUGGAGACGGAUCCGGGCACCGGAGGGUCUCUGUAUAAGAUUCACGUCGCGGGUAAGCAGGAGCUCACUUUCCGCAUGGUGUUUCAUCCCACGGACACCGCCAGGAAAGUUUCGUUCGCGAUGCCCUUCUUGUUAGAGGGCGUCGUGGACCAGCCCACGCCCGCGGAGAAACUGUGCAAGACGGUCACCGCGGAGUCGAAAGAGCCGCGGGUGCUGCUGGGCACGUCGCUGGUUGACUUUGCGCACAAGAUUCUUCUCCGCGAGGGAAUGAGGAAGGUGCCGCACACGCGGGAGUUUACCAUCACGAACAACGAUCCGGCGAGCGGACCGGAGAGCCUGCACUGGGCUUUCGGCAAGCCCGUCGCGCUGGACGCGGACGAGGCGAGCGUGAUCGACGACGGCUCUCCCAAGCCCUACGAUCUCGUGCACACGUUUCAGUUUGAGCCCAAAUUCGGCAUCCUCAAACGCGGCGAGUCGGUCACCGUCAAGUGCAGCUUCUCGCCGAUGUUGGCGACCAAGUUCGAGGGCAAGGUGCCGGUGUACCUGGACGGCGCGGCGAAGACAAAGAACGCGCAUCUUCGCUUCGGCGUCGCGGGGCUCGGCGCGCACCCCAGGAUCAAGUUUGACGAGAGGGAGGUUCGAUUGGCGCCCACCCCGCUCGGCGUCGUGACGACCCGGAGACUCUGGCUCAUCAACGAGGGUUUCGAUAACAUGGGCAUCUCCUGCAAGCUUCCGGCGGACAAACUCGCGGUGCCGCUGCAGAUCGAGUGGCCUGAGGGCCAAAUGAUCGGCAUCGCCAAGCAGAGGCUCCCGGUGGACGUCAGCUUCGAGAGCAAGAAGCCUCUGAGCUUCACCGCGACGAUUGAGUUUUUGGACGAGGAUGGGAAACGGUUUCCGAUUCCCGUCUCGGGAAUCGCGGAUAACUGCACGCUGACCACGGAACAGUUCCUCGCCGCGAACGACGGCUGCCUGACGAUGGACGGCGCGGACGUCAACCGGCCGGUGAUGCUGCCGCGACAGGCGCGAUACAUGGCGCCGCCGAUGGCGCAGCUCGAUCAGGGCGCGGACAACGCCAGCCUCGCGAGGUGGCUCAACGCGUGCACCCCGGAGGGACCGGUUCGCGACAUCCCCGGCGAUUUCAUCCGCACCAAGGGUUUGCUCCUGGUGGAAAUCAUCAAGUUCUGGACGGGACGAGAGAUCGUGGCGACGGUGGAGAAGCACGGGCUGAACAAGCGCCAGCACGCGCUCUGGCUCUGCGAGAGGUUCGACAAGAUCAUAACGUACCUGAAAGGAACCGGCGCGCUCCUCAACGGUGUCUACCCCGAGUUUCUGGUCGACGAGCAGGACUACCACAGGCUCUUGAGGGACAAGAUGGCCAAGGUGCAGUCAGGGGAGUGGUCCGUCGUGGACGGGGACAGGCUGCAACACUGGAUCGCUCUGUACGAGGACAGGGAUAGGUUCCGCGAUGUUUCCGCGUCGGCUUGGCGCGCGGUGCUGAUGCAGACGAUUCGCAUUUUCGUCCUCAACCGCAUCACGCCAAAGCAGUUCAGCACGGUGCCCAACUGCGGGGACCUCGCGGUCAACUCCGCCACGGACGCGUCCAUCGCCGGGAGCAACGUCUUCUCCGUCGCGGAGAGCAUCAUCUUGAAGUGGAUGACGCACCACCGCGCGAGGGUCUUCCCGGGCGCGGCGAGGGUCUGCGAUUUCGACGACGACCUCCGCGACGGCACCGUCCUUUACGGGCUCUUAGUCAGCCACUGGCCGAACCUCUCGCAGUUCUCCCAGGACAUGAAGUUCGUCCCCGAGACCCGCGAGGAUAUCGUCGCGAACCACGAGGUGGUCCUGGACAUGCUGAGGUACGUGCAGCUGUCGUACGACGACGUCACGGCGGAUGAGCUCGCGAGAUCGAGUCCCAGCGAGCGACUCCUGUUCUGCCUGUUUUUGUACAACCACCUACCGCAGCUGGUGCCCAGGACGGUCAUCGACUUCCCGACGCUGCUCGGGCAAAAGGUUGUGAAGAACAUCGAGCUGACGAACCCGGCGAUGACGCCCAUCUCCUACUCCGUCCGUUUGGAGGGUAACCCCGACUUCACCGUCGAGGCGACCACGGUGAGAAUGGAGAAGAGGAGCUCGGCGCAGCUCGCGGUUUCUUGCACGCCCACGUCGUCGCUCCCCGAACGGUGUCGGCUUAUCCUCGCUGCGGUGAAGGAGGAGUCGCAGGUGAACGGGAGCACGCUCGUGUUCGAUCUGAACCCCGUGGUCAAAUCGUCCGAGCCCAUCCGCAAGAUUGACUUCAAGGCGAAGUGCUACGAGUACACGGAGCAAAUCAUCGAGUUGCAGAAUCCGUACCCGGGAGACUGCGAGUUUGGCAUCGUGUGCACCAACUACACCGCGGACGAGGUCGAGGCGAUGGCUGCCGCGAAGGAGGCGGAACAGAUGGAGUUACACUCCGCCGCGUACACCGGGCGAACGCCGAGGACAUCGAGGAGAUCACAAAAAUCAAUCCGCGAGCUGAUGGGCAAACCCCCAGAUCCGGCCCUGGGUAAGAUUGACCCGUCGCUGUACCCUGACCCCUUCGGCGUUGAUCGCAGAUCGGUUCGACUCAAGAAAGGGGAGAAGGUCAAGCUCCGCGUCAGUUUCCUGCCGUUCAUCAUGGGACCUCACACCGCGCACUUGUCCUUCGAGGAUCACCGAUUUGGCAAGUUUGUCUACGAGCUCGCCGGCGGGGCGGAACACCCGCAGCCGAUGUCGGAGCACAAAGCCGAGGUGGACAUCAAACCCCAGAUGUCGAACAUCGUGGUGUCGUUCAUCAACAACCCGCUGGAGCUGGCGAAGCGCACGUUCCUCGAGAAGCACCCGCUCGCCAAGGUGAAGGACCAGGCUGAUCGCAUUCGAAAGGCUGAGCCGUGGCCGCAGAGCGUGGUGUACGCGCUCGAGGUUGUCUCCUCGCACAUGGAGAUUUUUGGCAAGCCGCGGCUUCCGCUCGUCAAGACCCCGAGGGCAGGUAAGAAGACCGUGACGACGGGCGCGGACGGCCAGAAGGUUGAGCAGUUCAUCCCGGGAGAGAACACGGUGUCGCUCAAUCUCAAUCUUCGCAACGCGGGCGUUUAUCCGGGCAAGGUGGUGCUCAAGUCGCAAUUUGACGUCAGGGUGGUCGACCUCGAGUACAGGUGCGGCCUCACCGGCGACGCCGCGCAGCUCGAGUUCGAGUGCGCUGCGGGCCAAUCGAUCACCCAGAACAUUCCACUGGUAAACAGCGGCAUGAAGCCCAUGAGCGUUACCGCAAACUUUGCCGGGCAGCGCGAGUACUUUGCCGGUUACGGCCGCGACAUGGUUGUCGACGGGAAGAAAAAAGCCGAUUUCCCCCUCACGUUCAGACCCGCGAGGCCGGGAACUUUCCUCGCCAAACUGGUGCUAAAGACGGGCGGCGAGUCCAUCUCGUACGCGCUCAAGGGCGUCGCGAACGAACCACUGGCGCAGGGCCACGUCGUCAUCGGCGCCGACGCGAGGGGCCGGACCCGGCACAGGUUCACGGUGCCCAACGUCUUUGGAGCCGAGCGCGAGGCGGCGUACGAGGUCAGCUCCGACCUCAACUUCGUCGGCGGGGACCCGCAGUGCGUGGUUCGACCCAACGCCACCUCCACGUACGACAUGGGCGUGGCGCCCACGUGCUCCGGCGUGUUCCACGGCAGCAUCACGUUCACGGCGCCGGACGGUUCGUUUUGCUGGUGGACGCUAGAGGUUAGAGUCGCCCCGCCGCCAGUCGAGGACACGCUCGAUUUGACGGUUCCCGUGCGGGAGGCGCUCACGACGCAGAUCACCCUCGCGAACCCCUCCGCCGCGCCCGCGACGUUUCGCAUCUACCGCGAGGGCCACGGCGUGCUGGGCGCGGACACCAUGCGAAUCGCCGCGCGAUCCGAGAAGACGUACGACCUCGUGUACUCGCCGAUGCUCACCGGGCCGACGGAGGGCAGCGUUCGAUUCGUGUCCGCGCAGCUCGGAGAGUUUUGGUACGCGCUCAGACUCGACGCGCUCGACGCGACCGCGGCCGUGGUGCCCGAGAUGCGUUCCGAGGUUGGCGGCGCGCGCGGGUCCACCGUGUUGGACAUCGAGAACCCCUUGGACGAGGAGGUUCUCGUCGCGCUGUCGUGCCCGGAUAAUCCUCGCAACUUUAUCGUCGCGCCGCCGAGCGUCACCGUACCCCCCUUCGGCGUCGGCAAGUUCAGGGUGACGUACGCUCCGAGCAGCCUCAACCAGCUGGAGACCGGGACGAUCGUGGCGACGAACGAGGAGGCGGGCACGUGGACGUGGUCCGUCAGCGGAAGAGGCGCGGAACCCACCAAGCUCCCGGCUACCGACAUCUUCGUCACGCUCGGGCAAACCGGCAGCGGUUCGGUCAGCUUCCAGAACCCUUUCCACGAACCAAUCUACGUGGACGUCGCCAUCGAAACCGACGAGGAUGCCGGCGUGUGGGAGGACAUACUCAAGAAGAGGCAGGGCGUGCACGUGGACGGCUUCCAGGUGGUGCCCAUCCCGUUCAAGUUUUCGCCCCGAGCGAUGACCCGCCACGAGGCGACCAUGGUCAUCACCACCGAGAGCGCGGGCGACACGCUGACGUGGAGGUACCCCCUGAUCGGCAUCGCGGAAGCUGUGCCCAAGGGAGAUCACUUCAGGAUCGAGGGCAAGGCCCGACGGCGGUGCGAGAUGGGCCUGGAGGUGUUCCUGCACGGCCUGAAGGUGGACGUUCCGAUCGAGCACUACACCUUCGAGGUCGUGGUGCCCGAAUCGGAGAAACACCACCUUCGCAAGGCUCUGGUCAUCAAGCCCUUGAUGGCGAGCCUCACGCCGAAGACGAGGAGUUUGCGCUUCGCCGUCGCGUUCCGACCAAAGCGCGCGAUGUCCUGCUCCAUCGACUUCCUCGUCAACAAGCAGAGCGGCGGCAGGUGGCGGUUCCCCAUCCACCUCGAGGCGAUCGAGCCCGAAAUUGACGGCACCGUCGUCGUCGAGGCAAACGUCAACGAGAAGGCCGAGGCUGUCUUCUCCCUGGCCAACCCCGACCCGGAGGCGUGCGCGUUCACGGCGUACUUCACGCCGGAUUCGCCAGCGGAGUUCAGCGUCAAGCCCAACGUCGGGACGAUGCUUCCGGGGAAAUCACCGGAGACUCCUCUGAAGCCCGGAGCGGACAGGGGCGUCGCGGUGGAAACGGCAGACGGCGGCCCGGGCGUGGACCUGAGGAUCAGGUACAGGCCCAAGGAGUACGGCGGAGACAGGGUGGGGAAACUGGUGGUCACCACGAAGGAGAACACGUGGGUGUUCGAGGUGGUGGGCACGAUGCCGGAAUACAACGUGCCCGUGGUGACGACCAAGCUCAACACGAGAAUCGAUCCGUCGGUGGACGAAGCGCUGAAGGUUGCGCAGCGCAGGCGAAGACCGGGGACGAUCGUGCGGGAGAACCUGCGCGCGGAGAACUACACGAGCAGAAGGCUGCUGAGUAAGACGCCGGGACACGAAAUCACCCCGAAGGAUCUCAUGGACACGACUAGGAGCCAAUUCAACUAG